CAUCAAAUUCUCUCAAUGUGUAAGCCUAAAUAUAGUCAUGUGUGAUCUUGUUUGAUUUGUCUUAACAUAUAGAUUAUUAAUAUAUAAUUUCUAUAAUUUUUUAAUAUACAAAUUACAAGAUAAAAUGGAUUAAAGAAGUGCAUUGGAUGGUGUGUAAAAAUGAAAGUGGAUAAAUACUCUGGGACAGGGGUAGUAAAACNCCGUCCCGCUGUAUUCGUCCACUUUUGAUUUUUGGAACUGUUCAUCUAAGCACUUUGACUCAUCAAAUUCUCUCAAUGUGUAAGCCUAAAUAUAGUCAUGUGUGAUCUUGUUUGAUUUGUCUUAACAUAUAGAUUAUUAAUAUAUAAUUUCUAUAAUUUUUUAAUAUACAAAUUACAAGAUAAAAUGGAUUAAAGAAGUGCAUUGGAUGGGCGGCCGGCGGGCGGGCGGGGGGAGAUCAAAUAAAUGGGAAGGUCACCUUGCUGCGAAAAAGCGCACACAAACAAGGGGGCAUGGACGAAAGACGAGGACGAGAGGCUUGUAGCUUACAUCAAAGCCCACGGGGAGGGCUGCUGGAGGUCCCUCCCUAAGGCCGCCGGACUCCUCCGCUGCGGCAAGAGCUGCCGCCUCCGCUGGAUCAACUACCUCCGCCCUGAUCUCAAGCGCGGCAACUUCACCCCGGAGGAAGAUGAACUUAUCAUCAAACUCCAUAGCAUUUUAGGCAACAAGUGGUCUCUAAUUGCUGGAAGAUUACCGGGAAGAACGGACAAUGAGAUCAAGAAUUAUUGGAACACACAUAUACGAAGGAAGCUCUUGAUCAGAGGAAUCGACCCCGCCACCCACCGGCCGAUCAGCGGCGGCCUGCAACCCACAGAUCUGUUACCCGCCGCCGAAAAUUAUAUGAAUACCGGUAAACAUUUGGCGUCCAAAGGAGAAGGAGAUGAUAAGGUGGCGGUGGUGGAGGGCGGAGAUGGGUUGUGUCCGGACUUGAAUCUUGACCUCAGAAUCAGCCCCCCUUAUUUCACCUGCCAAGAACCGCCGCCGCCGCCGUUGCAGUUUGCCGCCGGAUCGGCUGGCGGCGGUCAGCGGGUCAACCCGAUGUGCUUCGCAUGCAGUUUGGGAAUACUGAACAGCACCGACUGUAGUUGCAAAGGCUAUAACAUUGCCGCCGCCGCCGGCGAAUGACAUCAACGGCCGGUGGCUGUCAGUUCGAUUCUAGGGUAUAUUUUUGGGAUGCUCUGUAAUUUGCCUCUAAUUUUUAAACCUCCAUAGGAGAGGAGUAAUAUUUGAUUCCAAUGGUUAAUAUAUUAAAAUUAGUUUCUUUUU